AUGGUAUUCAGGAAACGCCAUUCAGCUGAUGCUUCGACGCUGGGUGGUCCACCAGGUCCGGGUGGCCGUGGCCAGCUGCCCAUGCUCCAAUUGCCCGACAAGCUGCGGUACAAUCUGUUGUGCGUAAUGGGCGAGUUCGUGGGGACGUUCCUGUUCCUCUUCUUCUCGUUUGCCGGCACUCAAGUGUCGAUGACUCCGAUGCCACCACCUGGCUCGUAUCCUAAUACCUCGAACCUGAUGUAUUCGGCUCUUUCCUUUGGCUUCUCUCUGACCGUCAAUGUUUGGGCAUUCUUCCGUGUGACCGGUGGUCUCUUCAAUCCAGCGGUGACUUUAGCCCUCUGUCUGAGCGGUGGAUUGCCUCCACUCCGAGGGUUGUUCGUAUUUCCCGCUCAGCUGGUUGCCGGAAUUGCCUCGGCAGGUGUAGUCAGUGCCCUGUUUCCAGGUCCACUGAAUUGUUCAACCAGACUGGGAGGCGGGACGUCGAUUGUCCAAGGUCUUUUCAUCGAGAUGUUCCUGACUGCACAGUUGGUCAUCGUCGUGAUCAUGCUGGCAGUCGUGAAGCACAAGUCAACUUACCUUGCGCCAGUCGGAAUUGGGCUUGCUUUCUUUGUGGCAGAGCUGAUCGGCGAUUACUAUACCGGAGGGUCCCUCAAUCCUGCUCGCUCCCUGGGACCGGACGUGAUCAACAGGAAGUUCCCUGGCUAUCACUGGAUCUAUUGGGUUGGUCCACUGCUUGGUUCACUGCUGGCGUCGGCAUUCUACCAUCUCCUUAUCUUCGUCCGAUGGGAGAAGAUCAACCCUGGUCAGGAUUUCAAUGAAUGGGAAGCCAAUGAAAGAAAGGGGUCCGCUUCUUCUGAACACACAAUGACCAACGAUGGAGGCCUGCAUCAGCCGCCCAGGGAGAUGCCACCCGGAGACCAGGUCUGA